AUGCGCAUCCUGGGAAUAGUGCCCGCCCGCGGGGGCUCCAAGGGCAUUCCUCGUAAAAACCUUGCUGAUGUAUGCGGCAAGCCCCUGAUCGCCUAUUCAAUCGAAACCGGCAGGCAAUUGCUUGGCAAUGGCACGUUGGCAAGAUGCAUUGUUUCGACUGAUGAUGACGAAAUCGCAACCCGUGCCAGGGCGCUGGGGGCCGACGUUCCCUUUAUGCGACCCGCAGCCGCGGCAACCGACACUGCCAAGGCGCUUGCCUACGUCCUGCAUGCACUUGAAGUUCUUGAGCCGCAGGACGGUGCUUAUGAUGCGGUCAUGCUGCUUCAGCCGACCAGUCCCAUACGCAAUGCCGCCGUCAUUGCCGAAGCAGUGACGCGCAUGGCCGCAGGGCAGUCGGACUCCCUGAUUUCCUGCUAUCGGGAGGAAUACAUCAAUGAGCUGGUCAUGUAUGACCCUCAGGCGGAUGGCACACUGGUUCCUCGCAACCCACUUCAUAACAAGGGCGUUCGGCGGCAGGAGCAUGGCCCGGCCAUGGUUCGCAACGGUGCCCUCUAUGUCACCCGCACAGCCUACCUCAAGGCGACUGGUUCGCUGGUCUGUGACCGGCCUGUCCUGCUUGAGAUGACCAAGCUCGACUCGAUUGAUGUCGAUGCGCCUGACGAUCUCAUUUUGCUGCGGGCGGUCAUGUGCAGGUAG